UAAUUGUUCAAAUCUGAGAGUACACUGUUUACAAAUCCAAACACUCCCAAAAUCUUAAAUUAGAGAUUACUGCUUAAUCUCCUCUUAACCCCACUCUCUCUCUCCUCCCCUUUUCUCGCUCUACAUCCACACCAUAUUUCAUCAUUUUCCGAGUAGCCUUGUCGGUGUAUAGAUUAUAUCUUUAAAGAAUACGUAACCGUCGAGACGAGAGGAGAGGAGAGGAGAGGAGAGGAGAGAGCUCAAGUUCUAACAAACGCUCUGAAUAUAAAACCGAAAACCAUCUGUUGAUUAUUGGAUCCUUGUAUUUUUGUCACUCGCUCAGUUUUCCAGCUACCGGGUUGAGUUAUUACAUAUUCCGUUUUAUGGGUUUUGUAAAAUCAGGUCUGCCUGAACACUGUUCUGUGUGACCAAUUGUUCAACUAUUCUUCAGCACCUCUCUUAUUUUUGGGGAUAUUGCAUUGGCCCCAAUGCAACGGCAGAAGAGUGUUGUCGAAUCAUUUCCUGAAACUGUUGAUCUUAACCAGGGAUCUGUUUCCAAUAACCCUAGUAUGAAUCAGUCAACUGCUUGGAAUAACAUUCUAAAUCCAGUAGAAAGCCGGUUCUCAAAUUACAUGGUUUCUUCUGGUGAGGAGAAUCAUAUAGGUGCAGAUGUUGUCAGUCACAAUGUUCAGAGUUUUAGUGGUUGGGACUCUGGUGAAUCUAGCUCCAGUGUGAAUUUACAAAAUCAGGCCUUUGGGGAUGGCUUCAAAACGGAACAUGGUCGGUCUUCCUCGUUUAGUGCUUGUGGUGGGGUCAAUACAAGAUUAGAAGAAAUGCAAUUUGGACCAUGUAAUAGUCCUUUUCGGGAGAGUGUCAAUUGUGGUCCUCGUGGCAAUCAAGUUGCAAGCAGACAAUUAAUUAUGCAGAGUUCGAUUUCUAAUAAUAGCAAUCUAAAUGUAAAUUUAAAUGCUGGAUAUGUGGGUAUUGGUCUCGGUGGGCAGGCUAUGGGAACAGGUGCAAGCCCAAAUCUCAGCAAGUUGAGUGCAUUAGAAAAAGAUCAUAUUUCAUUUACUAGUGCAUCUUCUGGAGAUAUUGGGACUUCUUCUGGUACUUCUGGUUAUUUGGUGAAGAAUGAUAGUGAAUCAGGUUCUUCUCUGGGCAGUUGGGGGUUAUCCUGCAAGAGAAAGGCCCUUGAAGGUACUUCUGGACAGUCUUAUACAGGUGGGAGCUCAAGUUGCUUCCCCCAAGUUGAAAACAUUGUACGACAUACUGUUCCUCCUCGAUAUAAUGCUUCUAGUAGCUUAAGCAUAUCUUCAGCCCCAAUGAACUGUCCUAGUGUUAAUCCUUCAGAACAGUUGAACACGAGAAUUGGGGUCAGUACGAGCGUAGUUUCAGAUGCCUUUCCUCCUCUCAGUGUCACAGAAAUUGCAGAAAAUUUCCCAAGAAAUUUAGGUGCAAGACUAAAUCGAGGGCAUCAAGAAUCUGUUCAGUUUAAUGCAUCGAUGACUGGGAAUGCCGUAAGACAUUCUAAUAUUUGUUCGUCUCAGCAGUCAUCUAGAUCUCUCUCAUUUACUGAUCCUUUGGACUUCAGAUCAACAACUUCAGUAACAACCAGUUCAACUCAUUCUGCAAAUCAGUCUCAAUCAACUCAUGUUCCUGGUCUGUCAGGGAAUAUGCUUCCUUGGAGUGGGGCUCUUAACUCAAGAGGUGGCAGUUCAUCAAGUUCUCUUAUGAUUUCUGGAGCUAGAGGCACUCCAUUACGAGAUGAAGCAAACUUCAGAAGCAAUCAGAGAAACAAUGCUGAGCAUCCCAUGUUUGUUCCUGCAACUGGGAUGAGAAAUUUGGUGCAAGACCCAACUACUUGGAGUUUAACUCCUGGAAAUUCAAGCACUUCUGGAGGUGUUCCUUCUAGUUCCCGAAUUGGCCCCAGUUUCAGUGUACAUCCUUUUCCUGCUCCCUGGGUACCUCAUCACAUUCUCCCGACACAAAAUCAACAAAGAUUAUCAGAUUUUGCUCCUUGGACUUUGUUUCCAUCUGUUGACUCUGAGUCUGGAGGUCAGGGAGGUCAUUUUCCCCCUUCGCAUCAGGCCAGUUCUUCUUCAGAGGAAAUCCCAAUGUCAUCUGUAGUUAAUAGCAAUGGCCAUCAUUCACCAUAUCCGAGGUCAGGAUUGUUGAUGGAAGUACCAGGUGAUGAUGUCAAUGGUUGGCGUGUUUUAGCUGCUGAUAUUGAUGGGAGACACAGGCUGGUAACUGAGAUUCGUCAAGUCUUGAAUGCCAUGCGUAGAGGCGAGAAUUUACGAGCUGAGGAUUAUAUGCUCUUUGAUCCAUUUAUAAAUGGGGUUGCUGAGUUGCAUGACAGGCAUAGAGAUAUGAGGCUCGAUGUUGAUAACAUGUCGUAUGAGGAAUUGUUGGCCUUGGAAGAACGCAUAGGAAAUGUUAACACUGGAUUGAGUGAAGAAACUAUUCUGAAGGUGAUGCAACAGCGGAAUUAUCUACCUGUUGCCGAAGGAUACUGGUCAAACUUGGAGCCAUGCUGCAUAUGUCGGGAAGAGUAUUGUCUUGGAGAUGAUAUUGGGACGUUAAAUUGUGGGCACGACUUCCACACCAGUUGCAUCAAACAAUGGCUCACACAGAAGAAUCUGUGUCCCAUAUGCAAAAUGACGGCGCUGGAGACUGGAUAGGGAACCAUUAUUCUCAGAGCCCAACAAAGUUUUUUUCCCUACAAACGGAUCAUGAAACCCGUAUCCUCAAAUGAUUAUCAGAAAGAAAAAAAACCUGCAGUUUCUUAUAGAUGACAUAUUAUUAUAUAUCGUUUUUGUCUGAAACCGAAGAUGGAAGGAGAUACAAUUUACUGAAAGAUUGCAGCAUGAGCAAAGGGAUUGUGUAUAACCUGCAAUGGAUAAUUUCAAAGAUUUAUUGCAUGACCGGUAACUAUUGGAACUUCACUAGUUGCUGACAUUAUCGAGCUUUUAGAAUAAAAGGCAGCCUGUGAUAUUAAUGUCCACAAGUUAGUUCUUUAACGUUGGGUCUUCCAAUAUCAAUAGGUUGAUUGUAUAUUUCAAAAUAACAAAAGAGUUGUCUUCUGGAUUCAAAAGAGGGUAUUAGAUGGAAAACUGUUUUGCGCAUGAAUUUAAUCUCGGUGGUGUAACAUUGUAUGCUUAUUUUGUUCGUGGCGGAGAUUGCCUUUCAAUAAUUGCAUAUAUAGAAAUUUAUGUGAAUUGAUCUUCGUUCAUUGUA